CAUGACCACAGUCGACGGCGGCCGAAGCCUGCCGAUCUAUUCUAUCUUCGCCUCCUCCCCCAUCCCCUUCGCCAUUGCUCCCGCCCCCGAUCCGCCCUCCCGCCCAGCGCUGCAUCUACGCGUCUGCAACAACCGCAAUAUCGCGCUCGACAACCUGCCGUAUACGCGCCACUCGCUAUGGACUCAGACGAAGACGACAAAUCGUCUGUUCUGCAGUCCACUAAUGAGACGCUGGUCCCUCUGCAGGCAACGACCCUUUCGUCGUUGAGGGCCGCUGCAAAGGCCCUCGACAACGCGCGUACCGCCCUGAACAACGCGCAAACGGGCGUAACACCGGUGGUACCGGUCGCAGUCGUUGACACACUACAGCUAGAAGUGGCGAAGCUACAAGCGAGGCUGCUUGAAGCGCAGAAUUUGAAUGCGGCGCUCCGAGAUGAGCUGAGGGUUGAAAGGGACCAGAGGGCAGAGGCAGAGAGGGAGCGGGUUGACUUGCAGAAGGCAUUGGCGGUGUCGGAACACGCCCGGGAGACCUUGGAGGCCACUAAGGAGCAGGAGCAGAGGAUUCUGGCAGAGCAGCGAGCAUGGAUCGCCACAAAUCUCAAGAGGAUGGGAGAAUACGUCCACUCUGGCUCGAUUUCCCAGCUGCCUGAACUUCCACCCGAUUUCCAGACCAGCUCCCCCGUCAUGUCGAGCACCUCACCGACUGCGCUUCCUCCCCCGCAAUCUCGUGGAGACUUCUACCGCCCUCCAAGGUCCCUCUCGCGCAGCCGCUCUCGCUCCCCGCCACCACCACCCCAGCGCCGACGACGCUCCCCCUCCCCCUGCGCCGCAACGUCCGCUGCGGGACCGAAUCGGCGGCCCCGUGGGUCAGCGGGAGCGCGACCGGCGCCGCGAGCCAUAUAG